UUGAUAAUAGCCCAAUGAUGUAGAUUUCCGGGAGGAAAGGGAAGCGGUGAGCCGCAGAUAGGCUGUUCUAACAAGCGACGGGCCCCGGUUGCUGCUGCUGUAUUCGGCGGAAGAGAAUAUCUGUGGCACUCGGAGUGGAGCAGACUUUGAUAUGUCCCGUGUUCCUCUUGGGAAAGUUCUUCUUCGAAAUGUUAUCCGACACACAGAUGCCCACAACAAGAUUCAAGAGGAGACAGAAAUGUGGAAAAUAAGAGAGAUGGAGAAACAGACAGAGGAAACUUGUGGAGCAAAGAGAAGACGAACAUCUCCAGACAUUAACAAAUGGGACCACAAUGGCUACAAGGAGUUAUAUCCAGAAGAGUUUAAGGAUAAGAGGGGACGGAUGCGAUCAGAUGGUUUAGAUGCUCAGGUGAGCCAGGAGCAUGUGAAAAGUGGUGCAGACACUGCAGUGACUCUGAGACAAGAUGCAUCGAGUAUUCGUGCCUGGAACAAAAAAUAUUCUGAGUGUGAGGCUGGUAUUCCUGACAGAUGGGGUCACAGUGGGUAUAAAGAAUUGUACCCUGAGGAAUUUGAUACAGACUGCGUAGAAGAAAAAACUCCUAAAAGGAAGACAAAUGGGCAAGAGAAAGCAAGAGUAAGGGACCAAAAGGAGCAGGAAUCUCACAAACGGAAAAGGUCCAAAAAGACUCACAAGAAAAAACAAAAGAAGCGAUCUCAUAAAAAGCUAAAAAAGCGGAAGAAGGAACGAGAUGAGUCAACAGAAACAUCAAGUGAUAGUGACAGUAGCAACGACAGCGAGGAGAAACAGAAAAAGUCUAAACGUAAGAAGAAGAUGAGAAAAAAGGCACAGAGGAAAAAGCCAUCCUCAUCUGGGCAGGACAGUGACUCUUCUAGUGAUGAGAUGAGUAGCACAGAAGAUGCUGAGUCAGAGGAACAUAAAAGGAGACAAACUAAAAGACAUCGCAGAAAAGACCAUCACAGAUCAAAACCAAAGGACGUAAACAAGGAGCAGCGGAAAAGCAGACGAACAAACUGGAAAGUGGCUAAGGAUGAGGGAUCAGAUAGUUCUGAUGAGGAUGAUUGAUAUCCUGUGGAAUAGUGCUAACAAGAGACUGACAUUUUGCAAAAUAACUUAUUUUUCUGCUGUCUAAGAAGUGCAAUAUAUUUUCCUUCGUCUCGCGAUUCUACUCUUCCAGCAGUUUUACUCUUCCAACAGUUUUACUCUUCCAGCAGUUUUACUCUUCCAGCAGUUUUACUCUUCCAGCAGUUUUACUCUUCCAGCAGUUUUACUCUUCCAGCAGUUUUACUCUUCCAGCAGUUUUACUCUUCCAGCAGUUUUACUCUUCCAGCAGUUUUACUCUUCCAGCAGUUUUACUCUUCCAGCAGUUCUACUCUUCCAACAUUUCUACUCUUCCAACAGUUCUACAUAUCCAGUUGUUUAACACUUCCAACAAUCCUACUCACCCAGUUGUUUUACUCUUCCACCAGUUCCACAAGUGCUAAAAUUGUCAAUGCAACUUGGUGCAAUUAUCCUCAAUGUUCAUGAUGAUACCAUUAUUUAGGCAUUGCUGCUGAGCACUUGCCUGGUUUCCUUUGAGAUGUUUAACCAGUUAUGGACUAUAAUGGGUGUCCUAAAAGCCAAACCUACAUAUAGUGUAUUUGGAAAGUCAUUAUGUGGAUAUAGAGAGAACCCUUGACUUUACCUUAUCUUGUGUUGUAUCGUUCACAUUUGGGAAAUAUUUUGUAGUGAGAAGCAAACACAAUUAUAAAGAGGGGACCAGCAAUAUCACAAGAUUACAGUGCAAUUAUUUGAAUUUGCUGCUCUUUGGUUUAAUUAUAAAAAUGCAAAAGAGGGGUAUAAUAAAUGAUUGCUUUCAGGAUGUGAGGCAGAUUUUGCACUUCUCUGCAAAAACCCAGAAGUUUUGUUAAACGUCCACUGUUUUCCAUCAGGGUGAAAUGACAGAGGAGAUGUAUAUUACGACAUAUUUUUGUUACUGUUUCUUAUAGGCUUAUUAAUAUGGUACAAAGGUCACCUUUUUGAACUGUUUCUACUUUAAAAUAUUACAUAUUGUGGGAAAGGCUAAACAUCCCAACCCAUACUAUGUUCUUACUUGUGUGCAGCACAUUCUGCCGCUGAACAUAGAGAGGAAAUAUGCCUCAAUUUUUUUCAUUUUCUUUAAAUUGCCCAUUUCUUUGAAAUGACUUCAUCACACAUUACAAACAAAUUUGCGGGCUUUCUAAAAGACUGUGUUUAUCCUCCAUCUGGUCACAAGAUAAUUUGAAAAUGAAGACAUUGGUGCUUGGUCAUUUCUAGAUGUAUGCAAAAGUAUUUUGUAACUUCCACAGAUACAAAUGAAAUGUUAUUUCUUGGGCACACAUAUUGUUGAAUAUGGGGAGGACACAGACUGCAGUUGGGUUGUAUCUUUUUUUUGGUGGCAGCUUUUCUCAUGCUUCUUUAUUCUGAACAACUUCCAGCCAUUGUGUGCCACCACUUUUACUAUGUGUGAAUGUGCAUAACAUAUGAGCGCCCAAGGGCUUUAGAGCUAUGUCAGCAGAUUGGCACUCUAGCAUUCACCAGCCAGUGUGGGAAGCGGUAUAUAUGCCUUGCAAGAUGCAUUAUUUUGUGCGUGUCAUUGUGUGUAUGAGUGAAAUGAGCAUUUGGUUCCUGCUGUACGUCAUGCUGUAUCUUACUCAGUAUAGUAUGUAUGAAGGCUGCACAUGCCUCAUAUAUUAGCAAGACUAUCUAUCAGUGUUUAGUAUGCUCUGUUAUGAUAGAAUGACUUGCAAUACUGUCUUUCUGUUUCUUUAGAAAGUCCCUAUCUGCCAAUAUUUUGACUCUUCAUUUGGCAGCACAGUCUUGUGAAUCUAGACAUGCAGAGCAGAUGUGAGAUUUGUUUUGGAUUGUUUUUUGUUGUAAUUCCUUUGUUUUACCGUUUGCUGUAACUAUUCCUGCUAUUACAAAUCCAUGUUUCUUCCAGACUUCUGAGCUAACAUUUCCAUAUGUCACUUGAAAGUUAAUGAUCUGGGAGGUGCCAAGUAAUAAAAGUCUUUCCAAAUCAAA